CAGAAUUUUUAUUUUAUUUAUUCAAUAAAUCGGGAGAAAUUUCCAACGAAAUGUGCGAAAAUUUAAAACCAGAUCGCAUAAGAUGCACUGCAUGCCGAACCAUCAACUUGGCCAAGACCGGCAGUCAUCCUAAACCAGAUAUGCAGAUGUAUGAGAAAUGCAGCCCUACUCAAAGAUUAGAUUGUCCUCAAGUUACUGAACUACCGGUCCAGCCUGCUUGCAUCAAAGUAUGCAGCAAAGAAGAGUACAAUCUGAGAAAAACGCCUAAAAAGGUUAAAAAUAUACCGUUACCUUACGCACAUGGGAAACUAAUGUAUGCUGUUAAAGCUGGGCUCCUGGUAGGCAGUGUUUACUUUACGUACUCCCAAGGUGUGUGGGGGAACCAACAAGACGUCACAGAAUGCAUUCGUCGUUGGCAAGAAUACAUUCGCAGUAUCAACACGCGACGCCCACCUGUCUUCGACCAGUGCGGUAACGUCAUUAGAAAAGAAUCUAGCGAGAGUCUCUUAGCGCCUGCCUAUGCAAUUUACAAAUAUUUUGUUACAACUUGUUUCUCAGGUGUUGUGAAAGUCCCCUUAUUAGUGAAAUGUGCUUAUAUAAAUUACCUGAAAGCUUUGGAGAGAAGACGAGAUGAGUUGGACAAGGAAAGGAAAAUAAGAAAAACAUCUAAAGUGUCAUGA